CAAAUUUAUCCAAUACUGUAUAAACCAAAAUCCACCCCUAAAUCUUCUUUUAAAAGCUAGAAUUAAAAGCACACUGCUGAACCUAAUUGUCUCAUUUACUAACUCCCAGAGUGCAUUUCGCUUCCAUGGAGGGAUAAGUCAUGCGUGACAUAAGCGUGAUGGACCUAAGAACGAUGAAACUAUGAGAAAUCACUAUCCAAAGGAAUGCAAACACGCCAGCUUAAAGUGAUGACGUCACACAAUAUGUCAUCGCUUAAAAAGGAGUUGCAAAAGAUCAGCAAAAUUGCAGAUUAGGGAGACUGUAAACAACACUUUCCAUGAGAGAUUCUGAUUUAAUUAAGAGAAAACCUGCAGACAGUUUUUAAAAUUGAUUCUUUCAUGACUGUGACUUGCAUUUGUUAGUUCAUGGUCAUCAAUUGUAUGAUUUUGAAUUUAUUUAUUUAAAUAGCCAAUUAAGCCAGUGAAAUUACCAAUAAUUUUCAAGACCUGUAAUUGCAAUGGUGAAGAUGAAAUACGAGGAGCCUACAAAAUACUUUAUUCUCUUGACUGUAGUUAUAAAGAGGGUUCAAUAAGGUUGUGACUUUUAUGGUUAACAUUAGGCUUUUCUAUGGCUAAUGGAUAGUUUCUUACCAUUAUGGCUAACAGAAAUUUAAAAACAUUCUCACUGUUUUCAAAAAGUUAAAAUUGAUACACAUUGUUAAAAUGAAUAAGAAUUUAGUAACUUUUUAUGUAGUAUAUCCGAGGUGUAAAGACCACCAAAUUGAAGACAUAGAGACACAGAGUGACAGUCAGAACAGUCAAAUAUUCUGUUAGCUCUUUCCACAACUCAUAAGGCAGACGCCUCAAAUUAUCAGCCUUUCUGUGUACCAAACACAUGAAAUUCCAGAGCUGAAAGAUCCCCUAAACGUGGCUGUGAAUGAGACAAACAUUCUUACAGGUAAUGGCUCAAUCUGAAAUGUUUGGCAAAGUCGGUAAUGCUCUGACAAGCAAGAUGGUGGAAGGUGUUGUCGAAGAAGGACAAGAAGUAAAGGUUAAGUCAUUUUUAAAGAAAAGUAUUUUGUUAUCAUUUGGUCAUCGGCAUAAAGAUAAAGUUGAACGAAAUAAAAGAAUAUACUUUUAUUUGUGAUAAUGAUUAGAAAUUAUUAUUUGAGCGAGUGAUAAUUUUUAAUUUACUUUAUUUUUUAACAUUGCUCUCUGUAUUUUUAUCUCUUAGAACAGAUCUGGAUACUUAGGCACUAUACAUUGUAUAAAUAUCUAUUAUUAUUAUUAUUAUUAUUAUUGUUAUUAUUAUUAUAUUGUAUGUAUUUCUGACUUGAUUCAAGUAUAGCUUAAAUAUGAACAGGGUAACUAAAUCUUGUAAAGUUUGUGUGGAUCAACAUCAGAAUCAAGAAAAGUGCACCCAUUACUAUUACUAUUACUAUUCCUACACCUCAGUCAAAGGUAUUCUGGAAAAUGCUGGUGUCUAGGUAGAGAAAAUCCACAAGGCAUACCAAUAUCAAGACUUGAUGGAAACAUUGAAACAAGCCUUCUCUCUCCCAGUCAUGUAUUAUGUUUCUAGGUUAAUCUCUUGUAUGUAUCAGACUGAAUUAAAAAAUUAAUAAUAAUUAAGACCACAAUAGAAAGGUAUAGCUAUAUCAGUGGUGGAAAGCUUUGUUCAAAGGUGAUACAAUGACAUCUCUUUCUUCAAUUUGUGUUGUAUUUGAAUGAGAAUUGCAGAGUUUGAGGGAGGAGUUCCUUUUGAAGCAAUGAUGAGAAUAAGUAUUCAAUUGGUUUCAUGGAAGGGGACAUCAGGGUUCUGAACACCGCAACAUCACCAAAAAAAUUGACGAGCACGGCGUCAUCAGGGGAGGGCUCAUGGGGCUAGACACAUGAUGACAUUGUUUAAAUGUCUAAUACACGUAUUGUUUUCCCAGAUUUUAGAAAUCAAACUGGAAUCCUCUGUUAUGGAAGAACUGAACGUCCCAAGGAUGAUUGACAAAUACUUUGGAGCUUGUAUGCAGCCAUCUAAACACUCAUCUACAGUAAAACACUGGUUGUACUCCUUGUUGGGCACCUUUGCCGAAGUAUUUCCAGAAUUUAUGCUCAGUCACUCAGACCGGCUUGUUUCUAUUUAUAUCAGUGUUCUUAAGUCACAGAUGACAAGCAAGGCCAAGAAACCAGAUAUGCCUAUUAUUGCUGGAUGCUUGAGAGGUUUGACUUCCUACCUGACAAACUUCACACAAUCUGUUGAAGAAGGCUCUAGGUAUGCCAAAGACAUCUACAGCUACACAAUAAUGGCUAUCAAUCCACAAGACAGUCUGAGUCGUUAUGAUGUACCAAAGGCUGGCUUGUACCUGUUUGCAAAACAUGCAGCUCAGUUCAAGGAUUAUAUUGCUAAAGAUCAUGAGGUGAUAUAUGAAGCAUUUUAUCGUUGGUGUAAGCAUCAAAACAAGGAAUUAAGCUAUGCUGGAUAUGUAGCCAUGGAGGCAUUUCUGAAGCAGAUGUCAGAAUACUUUGUUUCGAGGUGUGGGGACAAAUCAGAUGUGGCAAUGUUCAAGUAUUUUAUCAAGACGUUCCGUGCGAUUAUUGAUUCCGCAUCCAGUGAUACAAGACAGAUGUCGAUUGCAAUAAGGGGUUAUGGAUACUUCUCCAAGCCCUGCAAACUGUUCAUGCAAGCCGCAGAUGUGAAGUUCAUGUUUAGUAAGAUGAUGCAGAGAAGUGAGCAGAAAUAUUUUGGACAAGAUGAACUGGUAGAGGACAAAGUUCAGCAUCUUCCAAGCUUCUUAGAAGCCCUGUCUUGCAUUGUUGAGGAGAUGGAUGAGAUUUCUGACUCCAUCCUCGCUUCCCUGGAGAGACUGGUUGUGGUUUUAUUUAACAACCUCACAAGAUUGACAAAGGAAUCCAGAUUUAUCUGUGGCAAGUCCCUUGUGAGGAUGCUUUAUAACCUCUCUUCCAAGGGUGCAGUACUAAGGCGUUUUCUUUCAGAAGUAGUAUACCAAGGUCUAAUAAGAACCUGUUCACAUCCAGUUGCUUUAGAAGAGGUAAAUGAAAUUGGUGCAUCAGUGGACAAAGAGAUCAGUGAUACUUCAACUCCCAAGAUAUCUUACAAAGAUUACUUGGAGCUGUGGGAAUUUCUCUUGGAGAAGAGCAAGUUUAAGGAUGUCAGCUUGUUAGGACAGAAACUUGAACAGCGUGAAGCCAUGUAUGGGAUGGUGUAUGAUGAAAUGGUAAAGGCCAUUCUUCGUAUGAUUCAUAAGCUGGAUUUGUCUUCUAUGAAGGGUUCAUCAUCAACACUUGAGGAUGACGAUAUUCCUGCUACUGCCAGUACUUCCACCACUGAUGCUCCAGUCUCGCCUCUGGAGAAAGAACAAGUGUCGUUGUCUGAUCCAGUUGUAGGACUUCAACCCAAAGUUCCUAAAGAUUUCCAGAUUUUCAUUAAUCUUAUCGAGUUCUGCAGGUGUGUUCUUCCAACAUACUCUGUGACAUUAUUUGAGCAGUGGAUAUACAUAUUUGGCAGAGACAUAAUUGUCAUGUCUACAAGGUUUCCAGUUGUCAGUGGAUUCUAUAAAUUGUUGGAAGUUUGCAUGAAAAUCUGCGACAAGCUGUUUUUCUUCAAGAAUGUAAAGGUGGAAAGUCCAGACCUUAACAGUGAAGACUUAGACAUGGAAAUUGUAGAUUCCUCUGACUGUAUGACAUGCUUUGUGCUCUUUCACAAGUUCACAAAAGAGGUCCUUAUUAGAAUGCAACAGUAUAAAGAUGAUCUGUUAGCUUCCUGUUUAAGACUUGUUCUAUCACUUCCUCUUGAAGUAGUCGUUCUGGAUAUUGCCUCCUUGGUACCUGCAUUAAAGCUUACCUUUAAACUUGGCCUAAGCUUUACUCCUCUGGCUCAAGCUGGACUAGAUGCCUUACAGAGGUGGACCGCUUCUCUUCCUCCUCAUGUUUUGAAGCCACAUCUACCUGAAAUUCUUCCUUGUUUGGAUGGCUUCCUUAAGACACCAGCUGAGUACAGUGAGGAACCUCAGUCAUCUGAAGAGUCCAAGACAGUAGUGUUAAGUGCAGCAUCCCGGCCUGGAUCACGAGGCAGGAAAAUUCCUUUAAAACUCUUGAAGGUGAAAAAGCAAUCACAGCCUCAGACAAGCAUCAGUCCUUUAGUCAAGAUUCGGCAUCAGAUUCUUAGACUGUUGGGUUCUUUAGGAGGUCAGACAAACACGCUACUUCUUGGCAACCCAGACCCUUCAAAGGCAGUGACAUGGGACACUAAUAACCAUCUGACAUUUGCUGUCCCUUUUCAAGACAUGAAGCCUAACAUUUAUUUAGAUCCAUUGUUGCCACGAGUUGUAGAACUUGCAACAACAUCUAGUGAUAGACAAACAAAGGUUGCAGCCUGUGAAUCUCUUCACUCUCUUGUCCUCUACAUGCUUGGUAAAAGUGUCACACAGCCUCAAGGGACCAAGAAGAGUCCAAUGGAAAAGUUAUGGAAGCAUGUAUUUCCUACUCUCCUGCAGUUAGCAUGCGACGUGGAACAGGUGUCUGAGCAGCUUUUCAAGCCAUUAGUUUUCCAGCUUAUUCACUGGUUUACCAACAACAGAAAGUAUGAGAGCCUGGAGACCAUGGCUCUGUUAGAUGCAAUUCUGGAUGGUAUAAUCCACCAUGAUAACACUGCAUUACGAGACUUCAGUGCCCAGUGUGUGCGGGAAUUCCUCCAGUGGUCAAUAAAACAGACAAUUGAAAAGCAACUUGAAAAGAGCCCAAUAAAUAUCAAGUCUUUGUUAAAGCGACUCUACAGUCUGGCUCUCCAUCCUAGUGCGGCAAAACGACUUGGUGCUGCACUGGCUUUUAACAACAUCUACACGAUAUUCAGGGAGGAGUCUUCAUUGGUAGACAUUUUUGUGUUGGAAAUCCUUGUAAAUUACUUGGAAAGUUUGUCUCUUGCACACAGUGAUGACCAGGCAAAAGGUACUCGAGAUCAGUGUGUCCAAGUUAUUUCUCACCUGGAGAGAAUCAUCCGAGCAAGAGCACAGCUGCUAAACAAGGAAAACAAGCGAAGAAGAAUUCCUAGGGGAUUUGGAACUUUAAGUGCCAUAACCUUGAUUCAUAUCAUCCCAUGGCUUGUCAAGCAAUGUGGUAAACCAAGCACUGAGUGCCGACAUCAAUGUAUGAGACUUCUCUGUCAGCUGGCACCACUUCUGCCAGGUGUAAGCUCUGCUGCCGAAUGGAUGAAGAAAACGUAUCAAGAUCAUCAAUCAUUUUUUGUUCACAGAUUUGAAGGUGGAGGUGGGGGGCAGAAUGGUAUUCAGCAAUAUCCCACCCUGUCAGAUAUUGGUGGGCCAUUUUCAUUGAAAGAGACAUUCCUUUGGUUUGACAUGCUGCUGGCAGCUCUAGAUUGCUAUACUUGGAGCUUCAGUGAAAGCCUUUUGUUGCCAAGUCAGGUCUUUGCUGACAAUGGCAAAAAGCCCAGUGUUCUGUUCAAGUCUGUGAGCUUUUUCCUGUCUAAAAUGGCCAUGUUGGGCAUCACAGCAGCCAGUAAUUGCUUCACGGCAGGGUCGUCAAGUGUCAAAUCAGAGGUAUUUACACCAAAGGAGAUCGACAGCUAUAACAGGGCAAAGUGUACAGUGAUAGUAAGGAUAAUGGAUUUUGUUACAGUGCUACUCCAGUCUCGGGAAUCUUUGAAGAUUGUUCCAACUAACUUUUGGAGUGAUGAUCUGUUCAACGUUGUACUUAGCUGUACCUUGGAACCUGGAGUGAUUGGAUUCAGCUUGGGGGAUAUUGAAGUUAUUGAAAAGCUGCCAGAACAGACUGGUUCAGUAUGUAAAGUGUUGGCUCAGAAGCUUCCUGUACAGCUUGUAGAAAGAUUUAAAGACAGCUUGGCAAAGAAAAUUGCUCUGGGAAGUCACUGCAAUCUGUUUGGUCAACUUCCACUGCCAUUGUGUGGCCCAAAAGAAUCUCAGGUGGAUCAUCUGCGAUUAGGUCACCUGGUGCAAGGAUACAAACAGCUUCACUCUGCUGGCUUGCUAUCGUCUGUUUUAUCAUCUCAGGGUGGCAGAACAUUAGAACAGUACUCGGCAAAGUUGCUGACUGCAGUGUAUGAAGGUGUUAAAUCACCUUCAAAUGCCAGUUCUCUGAUUAAUCUUACCCCAGCAUCACAACAACUUGCAUCUAAAUUGCUGGAUUUGUCCUAUGAUCUUGGUCUUGAGCAUAAUAUCCUCAUGGAGCAUAUCAUAAAAGAAUCAGCUGAAAAUUCAGGCUCUUCCUUUGGUGUCAUAUUCUACAGAACAUUUCAAACAAGUAUCAAUGGCUUUCUUAUUGGACACGUUAAUGUACACAUGUCAAAGAUCUUAGCUAAAGCUGCCUCGCAUCCAUUUUUGGUUUCAAGCAUGGUGAAUGGAGUACUUGAUCAAGUACUUAGAGAAAAGAUGCUAAGAAGAAGUCAUGGGUCAACUAUUGUAACUGCAAUUCUGAACUGUUGGUCAAGCUUUGAUGUGUGGUCUGGCAUGAUCGACCUCAAGGAGUCCAUGCUGAUGAUCCUUAAAAAGGUCUUGCUUCUAGAUUCAAAGAUGGUAACAGAUUCCGACAGGUUAACCUUCCCAAGCCUGUUUGAGAUGUAUCUGUCUCUCAUUAAUGACAAAUCUACAACUCUUGCUUUCAAGAGUCAAGUACUAGAGCUUCUGCCAUACUUUACCAAAUUAGCAGACGAACACCUGAAAAAACUUAAGCUUGCAUUGGACACUUUUGUGGGAGAUAAUUUUCCAUUGAAGUCAACAGAGUUUAUCAAAGGUGGUCCACAGUACAAUGACUACAUUCAUGCCUUAGAUAAGCUCCUUGCAUCUUUUGUCAGUUCUAGCAGUCUGAUGUUACUUCAGCUGUUAAUAACUAUCAUUUGCCGUGAGAGUCAGCAUAUACAUGAAGAUCAAAUUCAGAAGUCCUUGGCAGCCUUCAUUCAAAGAUUACGACACGUGCCUGAUCAAGCAAAAGAAGCAAUGGACUUGUGCCUCUCAAUAUUUUUGAAUGAGCGAGACUAUCAUCCAGAACGCCGUAGAGCUGUAGUUGAACGUGUUUGCAUCACAUUCCUUUUGAACACAUCUACUGCAGCAAGAAGAAAGUUUUACCUUGGUCAUAUUAAGGAUGUAAUGGCAGUUAUAGAGGCCAAGCAAUUGAGGCCAUCAGAUGCAAACUUUGUAUCUCAAGUGACGUCCAAGUUGUGUUGUUUUGAGCUGGUGGAAAUACUGUACUCUCAAUUUCCUAAGUCUGAGCUGAACACUCCAGAAUCUAGCAUCAACGAGGCUUAUGUAGGAGGAGAAGUCAAAACAGGAAAAGAGUUGACUAUGGCAAUAACAAAGGCGGCUCGUGCAGCGACAGUUGAAGACAUGCGUGGUGAGACCGUUGCUCUUGAACUGAGGAGACAGCACCAUUGCUGUGCUUACAAUGCCUUGGUAGCUCUUAUAUCUUGUACACAAACAGAGCUGAAGUUUUACGUUGGAUUUCUUUUCUCUGAAAAUCCAGUAAAGGGUCAGUUGCUUUUAGACAACUUAGUAGACUACACAAAGACGUAUGAGUUUGAAGUGGAACUUUCUGCUCCCAUUGAGAGAAAAAAGCAAAUGACCACAAUAAGAACGCAGGCUCGCUCUCAUGCCUCAGAAGAAAACGGUCAGAGUGGAACGGCUGAGAUCUCUGGUCGCUCAGUUCAUUACAUGGCUUCACAGUAUCUUGCGGACAGUAGCCUUAGUGAAGAUGUUAGUCAGUAUGAUUUCUCUACACCCAUACAGGCUUAUUCCGCAACUGAGAUAACGGAAGCUUCGAAUAGACGAAGUGAGAGUAGUUCGAGUAUUGAGCAGAAGGAAGAGUCGUAUGAAGUGACUGAAGAUACAGUAGAGAUGGAUGAGUUGAACAAGCAUGAGUGUAUGGCAAAAAUGUCUGCUUUGUUAAAACACUUGGUACAAAAUAAAAUUUCUCCUGAGCAACCAAAGGGAGUAUCACCUUCCGAGAUGCCUGCGUGGAUGUCUCCAUUACACAAGAAACUGACAUCAAGUUCUCACAUGAACAUCCGCCUCUUCAUUGCUAAGCUGGUUAUCAAUGAGUCCAAGAUAUUUGAACCUUAUGCUAAGUUCUGGUUGAAUCCUUUAAUGGAACUAAUCCUACAAAUGAAAGAGAAAGAGCAGCCAGGCACGGAAGGAAUCAAUUACUUUAUAGUGGAUCUUGUCGUCACUAUGUUGUCAUGGAGUACCACUGCAAUACCUCAGGAAACCUCUGACGGUCGUUUUCUAGCAAGCAGACUUGUUGAGUUUCUGAUGUCCAGAACUCAUCACAGGACUCGCUCAGUAUUCAGAAACAAUUUAGAGAUUAUAAAAACCAUGACAGAAGUGUGGAAGACUAGUUUCCAACUACCUACAAAGGUGAUCUUUGAAUCCUUUGCCCAUCCUGACCCUAUGAAGAAAGAUAAUGUUGCUGGUAUUCAGCUGGUUGGAAUCAUUGCUGCAAAUGGCCUAUCCCCCAUCGCUAGUGAUUCCACCAUUGAUGAGGACAGGUUUUACAGCAGUCUUGUCAAUAAUAUGACUUUCAAGUACAAAGACGUUCAUGCUGCUGCAGCUGAAGUGAUUGGUUUGUUAAUGAAGCAGUUGGCAGAAGUACAGAAGGUCGUGGAAGGUCCUCUGCACGACAUAGUCAGUCAGAAGCUUGUGGCUUUAGUAAACUCAGCAAAACCAGAGCCAGGCAAGUUUAUAACUUGCGUGCACAAACUGCAGCUCAACUAUCCUCCCAUUGUUGACAGAUUUGUGAGACAGAUAUUAUUCAUGUUGCCCUCUGUUCAUGGUGAUUUCAAAACUUAUUGUCUGGAGAUUCUUUCUGCAAGAGUGGAGCAAAUCCCUAACCUGUUCACAGAGCUGAAGACCACAGGUUUAAAAGAUAUUUUGGCUCAUAGGGAUGAAGGAAGUCAGGUUGCAAUUCUAAGGAUAAUCCAGCAUCUCCUGAAGAAGAUUGCCAUUCCAGAACUCCAGUAUAUUUUUCCAUCGGUGACUGCUUUUAUCUCUCACCCAAGUGUGUUAUGCAGAGAGCUGAUGUACGACAUACUCAUCUGGAUAUAUGACACUUUCAGAGCGGAUGAAACAUUCCAAGCUGAGGACGGUGCAGCAGACAUUUUGCGUGUUGCUAAAGAUCACCUUCUUCAAGGCCUUGCAGAUGAUAACAGAGAUCUUAAGCUUAGGUUGCGUAAUUUUUGGAGUGAUGAGACACGACUUCCGGGAACAACACUGGAACGUUUGGUUGAAGUUUUACGAGCCAUGUAUUCAAUUAACACUGAGAGUCAGUAUCUGAGCUACACUACAAAUCUGAUUCUACACCUGACGUCCCUCAGCCCUGAUUAUGACCGAAUGGUGUUUGAACAGCCUUUGUCUGAGUGUAAAUUUGAGGAGUACCAAAUUAACUAUUCUUGGCAACAGAGACACUUGACGAUGACACCCCUGUUUGCAGCAACACAAGGUUCUUUUGGCUCCGCAAUGACGCAGACACAGGAAACUAUGUCAGUGGAUGGUCCUCCUGGUUUGAGAGCCACACAGAAUCUACAGUUUACACCAACUCAGGAUCAGGGGAGAUCGCAAGCCUUUGACUGGCUCAAUCCAAGUCAGGGGCCAACUCCAUCACAGUCUCCGAUCACAGCUUCAUCCACCCAGACCCAGUCCUCCUUACUUUUCCGUACUUCCCUGACGAGGGAUCGUCGACAGAUGCUAAAGCCCGUUCCUAGUGACUUUGGUAGUCAAAAGCUCAUGCAGGCACAAGAACCUAUGCACCAACCACAAGCGAGGAAUGAAAAAGACGAAAUAUUAAGACUGAAAAGACGUUUCCUGAAAGAGCAGUCCUAUAAAAGUGGUUUCUUUGCUAAAGAGGCUAUAAAGAGGAACAGACUCAGAGAACAAUCCCUUGAGAGACAAAAAGCUGCUCGUGAAAGCAGUGUGGUGAUGUACAGGAAAUAUCGCACUGGAGACUUGCCAGAUAUUCAGAUCAAAUUUUCAGAACUUAUCGCCCCCUUGCAAGCAGUGGCACAGUGUGACAGUACCUUUGCUAAGCAGUUGUUCAGCACUCUGUUUCAAGCGGUAUUUUCUCAGAUUGAAGAGAAAUUACCGGAGAGGGAAGGCGUUAGUGUUACAUUGGACGUCAAAAAAGCCAUAAAUGACCUGAUGUCUUCCUCGACGCAAUUCUUUCCACCGUUCAUUUCAAGUGUUCAGAGCAUUUGCUAUCACGAAAGGAAACUUUCUGUUGAGCCACUUUCUGUUACCACAGCAUGUUUGGCUAGCCUGCAGCAACCUAUGGGUAUCAUGGUGCUUGAGAAACAGUUACUACAGAUGGAGGAUGAUGGUCAGAGUAGCCGUAAACGAGCUAGGUCUUCCGCUUCCCCAACCUCGGAAGUAACCACAUCAUGGAUAGAACUCGCAAAGUUGUACAGGUCUUUAGGUGACUAUGACGUAUUGAGAGGUAUCUUCACUGGGCACAUUGGCACCCAACCCAUUACCCAGAAGGCAUUGGAAGCAGAAGCGCGAGGGGACUAUUCUUUGGCCCUUAAACUCUACAAUGAGGCCAUUGGAAAAGACGCUUGGGAAAAUGGGCAGCCACUGCAAGAAGAAGAAGAUUUGUGGGAUGAUGCUAGGUUACAGUGUCUUGCUAACCUGGCUAGAUGGGAGGACUUGGAACAGUGCACAGUUGAAAACAUAGACGAUACAAAUCCUCCCGAUCUUGACAAAGUGUGGACCGACACCUUUUUCCAGGAGCACUACCUUCCUUAUUUGAUAACAAGCAAACUGAAGCUGCAGUGUCAGAGAUCUGGUGACAUAUCAUUGAGCACGUUUGUGACCAGAGCAAUGCAACAUAAUGAGAGAGCAGCUUUGUUGCAGAGUCGUCACAGUGAUAGCUUAGCGCUAUUGUACGUUCUUCAUGAUGACUAUGACAUGGCAUCUUACUAUGCUGGUAACUAUGAACAGAACUUCCUCGCGGACUGGGCAGGACUGGACCCUAUGAUGUCUGCUAGUCGCUUUGCCAAACUACAGUCAUUACAGAAAAUGACAGAAAUGCAAGAGUUCCUUGAAUUUAUUGCAAAGGAAGAGAACUUCUCAAGUGUGCUGCCGAUAGUGUCAUUAUUGGACAAGUGGUGUUCAAGAUUACCUGAUCCAAGGCUCCAUUCAAUCGGUGUUUGGGAUGACGUUGUUACCAACAGAGAUGUAUACAUGAACAAAAUCUUGCGGAAAUUUGAGACAGUUGGAGCCGAGGAGAGGUCUGAAUUUAAUCUUGCGGAUAUUAAAGACAGAUAUCUACAGCAUAAAGUUCAACUCAAACUGCAUUUGGCCAAUGCCGCCAAAGAACAGGCAAACUACCCAGUGGCCAACAAAUAUCUUAAAGAAGCCCUUAUUAUGAUACGCCAGGAGGAUGACAACUUGCAGAUCAGUUGGUCACACACAUAUGCCAAAGUACAUCACAGAAAAACCAAAACAUUAACAGCUCUCGAAACUGUGGACACAGCUCUUUUGGUUGCAAAACAGUUAGACAAAUUUAGUGCCAGCAAAAUAUUGGAAAGUGAGCCACUGAGAGGCCUCAAGCAUCACACUCUUAGGAGCAACACAUUUGACAUUUUGACCAAAGCACUCUCCACAGACGGAGGGGUGGUGUUUACUACCUUGGAUACUAACAAGAAAGGUGAAUUAGCUAGACUUUGUGGAGUCAACGCUUCUGAUUCUUCUAAAAAGAUUGUAAGUCAGCUGAUGACACGCUCGUUUGUAUCGCUGCAGUCUGCUAUUAAAGCCGCUAAAAGUACUGAAGAGAAAUGCAAAAGGCCCGCGGCGAGCAGUGGCAUUGUUCAAGCUACCAUGGCAAUGGUCAAUUUCUGUGAUAAUUGUCUUAAGAAGAAAGAAGAAGAUGCUGGUCCACCUAUAGAGGUCGACACAAAGUUAUUUCCUGGUAUUGUUGUGCGGUACAUGUUAAAAGCCAUGUGUUACAGUUCUGAUGAGGCUCGUCAAAAGUUUCCCAGACUUCUUCAAAUAGUUGAGCUGUAUCCUGACACUCUUGAAGCCUUUAUCAAGAAAGCGGCAGAUGUUCCAUCCUGGAUGUUCAUUGGCUGGAUCAAUCAGAUGGUAGCCAUUUUGGACAAGCGGGAAGGGAAAGCAGUGCAUGGUAUUUUACAGGAAUUAACGCGAUCCUAUCCUCAGGCUUUGUGGUAUCCAUUCAAGAUAAGUAGUGAAGAGUUUGUGUUUGAAGACAGUGAUGAUGGAAAAGCCAAUCAAGAGACUGUCAAGGGGCUUCAGGUGGCACUGGAUAAUCCAUUAUUGAAUAACUUUAUUGCCGCGUUAGAGCAACUCAGCAACCCAGAAAUGGUGUUUAAGGACUGGUGUGAUGGGCCCAUGAGACAGUUGUUAGAGGACAAGGACAAGAGAAGCAAUUUACAAGCCAUCAAAGAAUGCUUCGGCGACAUGUUUCGGCGCCUAAUGGAUAGUAGCUCUCAAACUCAAGGGAAUGAGUUUGGACCGUUUAGAAAAAGAUUUGCUAAGGAUUUUGCAAGUGAAGUUCAGAAGUUGUUUGGAAAGGAAGGCGAAAAACUUAAAGAUGUUAAGCUCACUCACUUUUUAAAUUGGUGUAAAGAAAUUCAGGGGAAGAUGGCAGCGUACAGGGCCCGCGUCUCUCCUCCGGGAAAUCUGAAAGAGUACUCUCCUUGGUUAUUUCGUUUUCAGUCAAGUGAAUACACGCACACAUUAGAGAUUCCAGGUCAGUACACCGGAAGGACAAAGCCACUCCCAGAAUAUCACGUUAAGAUCGCCGGAUUUGAUGAAAGGGUGUUGGUAUUGAGUUCAAUACGAAAGCCUAAGAGGCUUAUCAUUCGAGGAGAUGACGAAAAAGAUCACAUGUUUCUAGUCAAAGGAGGAGAGGACUUGAGACUGGAUCAGAGAAUUGAGCAAUUGUUUGGACUUAUGAAUGACGUCAUGGCAGACGAUCCAGCGUGUAGUCAAAGGGGCCUGAGGCUUAGAACUUACCAAGUCAUUCCCAUGACUCCUCGGGUUGGCUUGAUUGAAUGGAUCAAUAAUACCAAGCCAUUCAAAGAAGUUUUACAAGGUGCUAUGACCAGUGUUGAACAGGAACACUACUUGGGAAAUCAUGGUCCAGCCUUUUGUCACAGAAACUGGAUUGCAAAGUUUAAGGGAGAUCCUACUGCACCUAUUCGCUUCUACGGAGAAAUGUACAAGAAAGCAAAUCGAACUGAAACAGAAAGAAAUUUUAAACAGAAAAUUGGUUUAGUGCCAUGGGAUCUUCUCAGACGUGCUUUCACGCAGCUCUCCGUCUCUCCUGAAGCGUUCCUUACUCUCAGGUCGCAUUUUGCGAGCAGUCAUGCGUGUUUGUGCAUAUGUCAGUACAUUUUGGGUAUUGGGGAUCGCCAUUUGUCAAACUUCAUGGUUGACAUGGAAACUGGAGGAAUGAUUGGCAUUGACUUUGGCCACGCCUUUGGAUCUGCUACGCAGUUCCUUCCCGUGCCAGAACUCAUGCCUUUCAGAUUGACUCGACAGUUUUUGAAUCUUAUGUUGCCACUGAAAGAGAGUGGUACUCUAAAGAACGUCAUGGUACAUACACUGAGGGCUCUCAGAAAUAACCACGAAUUGCUCCUUAACACAAUGGACGUGUUCAUUAAAGAGCCUUCUCUGGAUUGGCAGGUGUUUGCUCGUAAACAAGCCAAGGCUCAAGGAAUUAGCACAGGCGAAGCCGACGCAGCGUGGUAUCCCAAGCAGAAAGUACAAAGUGCUAGAAAGAAACUGGAGGGAUUUAACCCGGCGUAUGUUAUGAGAGACGAUCUGCAAUUGGGUCACAAGAACCACCCUUGGUAUAAGCAAAUGGAGUCUGUAUGUCUUGGAGAUGAAACUGUUAACGUGCGAGCCCGUGAACCUGAAAGUGGUUUGUCAGUGGAGUCUGAAGUGGCCUGUUUAAUGGAUCAUGCCAUGGAUCCUAAUGUUCUUGGGCGAACCUAUCAAGGCUGGGAACCAUGGAUGUGAGGCGGACAGUGUAGUAUUGAACUGAACUGAGCUCAAGGGAAUAUGAAUAAAUUUGAGAUCUCUGAGUUAUAGUUACGCAUACCAUUUUAUGGUAGAAGUUUACAUUGUUAACAACUAAUCAUAAUAUAAUCCCAGUGUAUGGGAAAUUUUGAUUAAUCAAAAAAGAUUCUGUUUCUUUGUGACCUUAAAUCUAAAACGUUUGUUUAAGUAAACAAGCGCAUCACACAUUGUGUUUACCUCUUGGGACUAUUAAAUUGAAAAACGCAUUUAC